UGUGCAGGGAACUGGUCCCAAUGGAGAAAGCUUUGGCUCUGAAAGACAGAAUUAAGAGCCACCCCAUGAUGAAGAAGGAGAACCUCAACCCUAAAGUCUGGAUGAAUGCAGAGAAUGUCAAAGGUUUUAAAGACUUUAUCCUGCAGAAGGAGCCGGAGACAGAGACAGAUGGGCAGAAUUUUGACGAUGAGAACAUGUUGCUGGAAAAUGAAAGGUUCUACAUGGAAGCUGCAAAGAAGAAUGAUGUACAAACCAUGAAGCUUCUUGGCAGGGGUGUCAACGUCAACGCAAAGAAUGUGCAUAAUCGAACUGCACUUCACUACGCAGCGGCUGGGAAGAAUCAAGAAGCAGUUCAGCUCCUGCUUCAGAGAAGAGCUAAGUUAGACCUACAAGACAAGCAUGGGGUGACAGCCACUCACCUGGCAGCCUGGUUUGGGAGUUUGUCCAUCCUGAAACUUCUCAUACAAGCUGGGGCUGACCACAAGAUUGAGAACAAGGAAGGAAUGAACAUUAUGCACUGUGCUGCCAUCAACAACCACACGGACAUUGUGAGAUACAUAGUGAAUGACUUGCACAUGAAAGAGCUUGAUAAAGAGGACGAGUCAGGGAAGCGAGCUUUCUGUCUGGCUGCAGAGCAUGGCUGCGUGGAGAUGCUGGAGCUGCUGAUGGAGGAGUCAUUCAACAUGGCCAUCAUGCAGGAAGAUCAGGAUGGCAACACCCCGCUGCACCUUGCAUCAAAGCAAGGCCACCUGGAAGUGAUUCAACUCCUGCUCCAGAACUUUGACAUCCGCAAUGAAGUCAACAAGGCUGGAGAGACGCCACUGUACCUGGCUGCGGACGGGGCUUUCGAGGACUGUGUCCAAGUGCUGCUGGAGGCUGGCUGUGACCCAAACAUCGUGACGAAAGUUAAAAACAGCCCCUUGCAUCCUGUGUGUGAGAAUGGCCACACCUCACUGGUCAAACUCCUCAUUGACAACGGUGCUGAUAUGAACUUACAGAAUCAACAUCUGCUGGCCCCCUUCCACCUAGCAGUGAAGUUCUGCCACUUCCCGGUGAUUCACGUACUCCUGGAGGCUGGUUGCGACGUCAACGUUACCGAUGUAAGGGGACAGACGGCCCUGCACAUCGCGGCGGAGCUCGGCAAGGUGGACGUGGUGGAGUUGAUUCUGAAAGCGGGUGCCGAUCUCUCCCUGCGGGACAAGCAAGGCAAGACACCGCUGGGUGUGGCAGCGAGGGGGAACAUGGUGAUUAUUGUGGACAUGAUCAUCAAAGCAGAAAGAUACUUUGCAUGGAGAAAGGCCAAUGUAGAAUGUAAUGAAACCCUUCACAACGAAUCUCCGCUGACAUUUAAAUUAGACCACAGAGCAGAGACCAAGCAGGUCCGUUCCACCAUCUGGAACCUGGCCUACAACCUCUUCAAGGCCAAUGACUGGAAGAAAGUGGCCCAUCACUGGGCGUUUACCGAAGCACAGGUGGCCGCCAUCGAGGAGCAAUGGACAGGCCUCAAAAGCUAUCAGGAACAUGGAAACAGACUCAUGCUGAUCUGGCUCCACGGAGUAUGCACUGCAGGCAAGAAUGCUGCCAAAGAGCUUCACGAGAGCCUGCUUUCCACAGGGUUCACCAGUGUUGCAGACAAAAUAAGAGCAGAUGCAAGUGGCAAGGAGGCAAAGAAAUGUUCUGUUUCAUGAUGGACUCACAAUACAACAGUAUAAAUCAACAUAUGAAACAAUGUGAAACUGAAUAUUUCUGGUGCUGCAAUAAAAUUUGUUUUUCAGGGAAA